CUUCCUGCAAGCGGGGCGUGGAUGUUUUGUGUGUCUCCUUUGCAAGCUUCGCUGCCUGGGUGGCUCCUGCUGCAAUCGGGAUUUGCAAACGCCUCAAUUUAGGACAGACGGAACAAGGAUUUCUUCUGACCUCUUGGAAGCUUCCUGAGAGCCCAGAUGGAUGAGCAAGACUCAGCUGGCCCUGAAGCAGGAAGAGGCCAUGCCAUCCAAACUGGGAGCAGCGGUGGAAUCUGGGAAAACUCUCUGCUGAAGAUCCUGGGUGAGGAGGACAGCCUCCACUCUGAUAUGAAGAGCCAGCAGUUGAGGCAGUUCUGCUUCCAGGAGGCCAAAGGACCUCGAGAAAUUUGCAGCCAAUUAUACCACCUUGACCAUCAGUGGCUGAAGCCAGAAAGGCACACAAAAGCCGAGAUGCUGGACCUGGUGAUCUUGGAGCAGUUCCUGGCUGUCCUUCCACUGGAGAUGGAGAGCUGGGUGAGGGAAUGUGGAGCGGAGACCACUUCCCAGGCGGUGGCCCUGGCCGAAGGAUUCCUCCUGAGUCAGGCAGAGGAGAGGAAGCAGGCAGAGCAGCAGGGAAAGAUUAUCUUUGCAGAAACGGGCCUGGAUUCCUCUGAGGCAGAGAUGACUCCAUUGGAGACCAAAGAGAGACCACUGGGUGACAGAAUGAUGCUGGCAAGAGAUGCUUAUCCAUCUUUGCAUGAAGGCAGAGAAGCAGCAGCCACGGAACCAGAUCAGGGUCUGGUGGGCUUUGAAGAUAUAGCUGUUCAUUUUGCAGACGAGGAGUGGGCGUUGCUGGAUCCUGACCAGAGAGCUCUGCAUAAGGAAGUCAUGGAGGAGAAUUGUGGGAUUAUGGACUCUCUCGGUCGUGAUGAAUUGGAAAUUAAUAAUGAGGGAGACCAGGACAAUGUCUACACAAUAGAGAAGGAAAAUAAAUAUUCUGAGUGUGAAGGUAACUUCAGUCAAAGGUCCCAUUUCAUUUCCUCGAAAAGAAAUCCCUUUGGGAAGAAAUCCUAUCAGUGCUUGGAAUGUGAAAAGAGCUUUGGUCAUAGGGCUAAUCUCAUAGCCCAUCAAAGAAUCCACACAGGGGAGAAACCAUAUCAGUGCUUGGAAUGUGGUAAGAACUUCGCUUGGAAGGAAAGUCUCACUUCUCAUCAAAGAAUUCAUACAAGGGAAAAACCCUAUCAAUGCAUGGAAUGUGGAAAGAGCUUCACCUGGAAGGAAACUCUAACUUCACAUCAAAGAAUUCAUACAGGGGAGAAACCAUAUCAGUGCUUGGAAUGUGGAAAGAGCUUCAGUCGUAACUCCCAGCUCAUUUCCCAUCAAAGAACACACAGUGGAGAGAAACCGUAUCACUGCCUGGAAUGUGGGAAGAGCUUUAGUCAGUGUGCCAUUCUUAGGGUGCAUCAAAGAAUUCAUACGGGAGAGAAGCCAUUUCAGUGUUUGGAAUGUGGAAAGAGCUUCACCCAGAAGUUAAAUCUCAGUUUCCACCAAAGAAUUCAUACAGGGGAGAAACCAUUUCAGUGCUUGGAAUGUGGAAAGACCUUCAGUCGGAACUCCCAUCUCAAUUCCCAUAAAAGAACUCAUAGUGAAGAGAAACCACAUCAGUGCAUGGAAUGUGGAAAGAGCUUCACCUGGAAGGAAAGUCUCACUUCCCAUGAAAGAAUUCAUACAGGGGAGAAACCAUAUAAGUGCUUGGAAUGUAGAAAGAGCUUCACCCAAAAGGAAAGUCUUGCAGCCCAUCAAAGAAUUCAUACAAUUGCGAAUCCAUAUCAGUGCACUGAAUGUGGAAAGAGCUUCAGUCAGAGUUCCAACCUCAUGUCCCAUCAAAGAAUUCAUACAGGGGAGAAGCCUUAUCAGUGCUUGGAAUGUGGAAAGAACUUCAGUCAGAACACCCAUCUCACAGCUCAUCAAAGAAUUCAUACAGGUGAGAAACCAUAUCAGUGCUUGGAAUGUGGGAAGAGCUUCAAUCAGAGGUCCAAUCUCAUGGCGCAUGAAAGAAUUCAUACAGGGGAGAAACCAUAUCACUGCUUGCAAUGUGGGAAGAGCUUCAGUCAGCGAGUCAAUCUCACUUCACAUCAAAGAAUGCAUACCAGGACAAUCAUAGAAUCAUAGAAACCUAGAAUUCUAUAGUUGGAAGGGGCUCCAAGGGCCAUCUAUUCCAACCUCCUGCAAUGCUGUAAUUUAAACUGAAG